AUGGCAGAGGGCGGCACUGUGAUCGGCCUGGUGGGCGAGGCGUUUACCUCGGCUCGGCUGUUGGACCUGAUUCAAGAGCAUGGUCGGGAGAAGCACUUUGUGUGGUUGUUGACUGGAAAGCAACAGGGUUUGCAAGACUGGGAACGCCGCCUUCAAGCCGCGUAUGGCCAGCUGACCGCCGCGGCGAGCAGCCUUGACUAUCCUUUGCUAGCUGCUAGCGUCCUGCCCAUCUGUCGGGCCAUGCAGAAUGAGCGACUACGCAACAUGGAGGCCAUCAUCACUGAUGGUACCCCUGAAAGCGUCACCUGGUCUCAGUGGCUACAACAAGCCGCGGGCGUACAGAUGGCCACGAGUGUGCAAGAUGCCAGCAAUCCUCGGCUUUCUGGAGCGGAGCUCGCCGCCUACACCACACAAGCAGAGGCUCAGCUGAGCCACAUCGUGACAUCUACCAGCGUGUGCCUAGGAGGUACUUUCGACCACCUCCACUUUGCACACAAAAUUAUGCUGACUCUGGCCUGCCUGCGAGCUUGUAGCACAGUCUACUGUGGCGUGUCCGGUCCAGCGCUGCUGGUGAACAAGAAGCAUGCCGCCUGCCUUGAAUCCCUUGAGACGCGGUGUGUUUUGCAAUGCCUGAUGCGGUGUGUAGUUAAAGAGCUAAAAUUUGGCUCACAUGAGAUUAUUGUGUCAUCUACCUGCCUGACACACAGCAUGAACGGCGUACGAACCUUCUUGCAGCUAGCGGCACCUCGACUCAAAGUUGAAUUGCUUGGACCAUUGAAGAUGGCAUCGUCUGGGCGCCGCGUGCCUUCGCAGUCCAUCAAGCCGCUGGACCGCCGUGUCCCCCGCAAUCCCAAGUUUGAUCACGUCAAAUCCAAGACCGAUUCGGGCGCUUCGCUGAACAAGGCCAAAGAACGGGCUGACUACAUUUCAACGCGCUUCAAGUAUCGGCCCGAUGAGAUUUUUCGCCGCAUCAAAGUGAAUACGUUUGUCCAACUGAUGCUUGAAGUGGCAGACCAGGACGGGCUCUCGGGCCUCGAGGAGGACCAGCUCGACGAAGCUGCCACCAUGGCUGACCCCGGUGCUGGAGCGCCCUGGGCCGGCGCCGGUGCUACGUAUGGAGCAGGCUCAGUCGCAACGAACUAUAGCACUGCCUCCUCUUUUGCCAGCUUUGCGACAGGCAUAGGCGAACGAGACACGCAGCCCAAAAUGCAGCGCGCGCCAGUGGACACGUCCUCCCCGUACCUCCUCGUUGAUGUUCGAGACGUUGAUGACUAUGCCAAGUGCCACAUCCUCUCAGCGCAUACAACUGACAAUUGCGUCUACACCUCACGAAUGGGCCGGGCUGCAACAUGUGAUCAGGAAGGGCGCAUCAUCGUGGUGUAUGAUGAAGACGAGACUUUGAGCUGCCACGCAGCAACUGUUCUUGUACAACGCGGUGUAGAGAACCUCUUCAUGCUCUCUGGCGGAUUGCGUGUCUUGAUUGAGAAGUAUCCCGACGGCAUGGUUGUCGGCGAGGUGCCACCUCACCUGCGCCUCAAGGGCCACGCCCAUGCAGCCGUCCCGGUGGCGGCACCCUUGACCAUGGAUAACCUCGAGGUGGUUCGUUCUCGGCUUGAAAGUAAUCUGCUGCAGGACGAUGCAUCGAGUACCGCUAGCUCCACACGCUCGAGCCGCGCACCCUCGCGAACGGCGACCCCGCGAACGGGAGGUGGCGUCGGUGCGAGAACGAUGGGUGCCAGUAAGCCCGGCACGGCUCGGUCAACGGCCACCGCUGCUUCACGCACCUGGCGGUGAUAUGGCCCACAGCCAUGGCCUAGGUCGCCUCUUCUCCUUGUGAACUAGAUGCGCCGGGACACGGGUGCGCAAUUGCGUCACUGCAACACCUCGUCCAGUUUUUCCUUUUCUUUCCUAUUCUUCUCCC